AUUCAUUGUAUCUUAUGACCAUUGUAUAGUUAUUGAUAAUCAUUGGCUAUUGAAAGUGUUUCACCAUUACCCAGUACUAUAGUAGACACUGAUGGGAUUAUACCAACAGCCAAUGAAUGGACAAUGGUCCAUUGUACUAUAAGACAUCCUGUCAGUUCAGUAUAUAAGGGAAGACACUGGAGCAGGUUGAGCAUCUUCACUCAGUUUACUGACUAGUAAUUGAAAUAAAUACAAGUCUUGAACUAUUUCCAUAAUAAAAUGAUGAAGACUACAUUUGCAGUUCUCCUUUUGGUUGGUUUGGCCACUUGUGUCAUGAGUGUCCCUCUUGCUGAUGAGGCCACUGGAAAUUCUUUUAAUUUGGACUUUCUCUCUCGUCCAGUUGAAGGAGAGGCCCUCCCAAUGGAGGACACUCAGGAAACAGUAUUCAUUCAAUCUUGCAACACAGCCCAGUUCAUUGGUGGAUCAACUAAAGCUCGUGCUGAUACUCUAAAAGUUCAUCAGGGGCUUUGCAAUAAAAUAAUUCAAGCUUUUUAUAGGGUUGGCAACACCAAAUCUUACAUCACAUGGUUUGGAGCCUUCUCAAUUUCCAAUCAAAACCAUGUUAAAAAUACCUACAUCAAAAUUCACAGCAAGUUAACGUUCAGCCCUGUCACAUACAAUUUCAAUGCCAUUCUUUGUUUUGAUUUAAAAGUUUUUCAAAAAAUAAUUACUUAA